AUGGGUUCAGGCGAUUGGUUUAAGACAAUAAUUAGCUUAAGAAAAUCAAAACAAGGCAGAUCAAAGAAAGCGAAGGGUGUCUUAGCUCAAGAGAAACUAAAUGCAUCAAAGUCAAACAAUUGUACUGGAAAAGAGUCUAGUGAUUUAGCAAAUGGUACUAAAAGUGAAAACCUUGUGUCAGAUGGGGUGUCAGUUGAAACUAUUGCUGCAACAAGGAUCCAGACUGCAUUCCGAGCUUAUAAGGCUAGAAAAGCUUUACGUCGCAUGAAAAGAUUUACGAAACUGAAGAUCCUAACAGAAGGUUUCUCUGUUAAAAAGCAAGCCAGUACAGCUAUAACAUACCUUCACUCAUGGAGCAAGAUACAAGCUGAGAUCAGAGAUCGCCGAAUCUGUAUGGUAACAGAAGAUAGGAUCAGGAGGAAGAAACUAGAGUCUCAACUAAAACUGGAGGCGAAGCUGCAUGAUCUGGAGGUUGAAUGGUCUGGUGGUUCUGAAACCAUGGAGGAAAUCCUUGGAAAGAUACAUCAGAGGGAAGAAGCAGCAGUUAAGCGCGAAAGAGCCAUGGCAUAUGCUUUUUCCCAUCAGUGGAGGGCCAACUCUAGUCAGAGCCAACUGCUAGGUAAUUAUGAACUUAGCAAGGCUAAUUGGGGUUGGAGCUGGAAGGAAAGGUGGAUUGCUGCUCGGCCAUGGGAAAGCCGUGUCUCCAACUUAUCUGUCACCCCAAAGAAAUCUCAACAUAAGCAGCCAAGCAAGGUUGAGAAAGAUAAGAACACAUCAACACCUAAAACUCCUAUCUCAGCUAAACCUCCUACAGCCAUUUCAAAAGGCAAUUCAAAAGCUAGGAGAUUGUCUUAUCCACCAACUGCUGAGAAAACUGUGGUUCAAGGAGUGCAAUGA